AUGAAUAAGCAUUAAACUAAACCCUCUGCUGCAAGCAAUUUAGCCACAGGAGCAGGAGGUAUUUUUGAGGGUGGAGUGAUUUCUAAUACCUCAGAUAUAUUAGAUAUCAAUCUAAGCAAAUCUUACAACGCUUAGUACAAAAUAACGCCAGCAUCUUUGCGUAGAAACAAGCAAAGCCGAGAACGAGUGAAUUAUCAUUUAAACAAGUCAACUGACUACGAGCAGAAGAACAGUUUGAAUCAGGAUUUCAACAUAGUCUACACUGAUGACCAGCGAGUAGGUAUAAAUGAUAGUCAAAGAAUGAAUUAAAACCAUAAGUCUAGAGGCAGGAACGAACUUAAUUAUACUUAGAUCCAAGAAAGCCCAGAUAGCAUAGGUGGAGAAUUUUUGCAGAUAAAGAAUAGUUUAAAACCUUAACAAAGCUUGUUACCAGAGGAGAGAAAAACGAUUGAAGAUAAUAAAAGUAUUAAUAACGAUGGAGGUGAUUCAUCAAUGCCUCCUCUAAGAUAGGUAGUCAUGACCGCAUAUUAGAAUAAUAGGUAUGAAGGGGGCCCUUAAAACUAGCCGCAAAUGAAUUUACAUUAAAAACGUUCUACUAUGGGAAAGCUAGACAAUCUAAACUCAGCAUACAACAAUUUAAAUAAAACUACAAAUGAUGGGUAAUCAAAUCAUCUAGGAACUGAGUCAAGCAAUCCAAGUCAAUACACUUCCAGUCAUCAUUUUGUAAUGAAUAAAUCGAUUGAUAAGAAGAGUGCCAAGCAGUAAAACUAAAAUCUCAUUAAAAAGUAUAAGCCAAAGGAAUCAGAUACGCAUCCUUAUGAUUCUCAAAUUGAUGAAAAAGUUCCAAUUGUUAAAUCCACUUCAAUCAGAAUUGAAAAGUAACAGCAGAAUCAAGCCAAUAUAAAUAAGAUCAUUUAGAAACAAUCCAGAUCUUCUAGUAGGUCUUUCUUUUCAAGGAGACCUAAAACAGUCUAAUAAAUGCUUGAAUUUCAUUCAAGCAAUAAGUAUAAUAGUUAACUCAAUAAAAUAUUCGAGAGAAAGUACAGCACUAACGUAGAUGAAAAUGAAUCAUUAGAAAGGAUUGAGUAGGAACCUCCAACUGGAAGAGAAAGAUCUUAACAAAAUAUAAAUAAAACUUAUGAAUCUAACUCAAAUGAUUAUAAUCCAACUGUGGUGCUAACUAACACAUUAUUCAAGAACUCAGGAGGCGCUGGUGGCGGUGGAAAUUAGUUCUAAUCUUUUAAAGAGGCUUUGAAUCAGUAGCUAGAUUCAUAGAAUAUUUUGUAGAAAAGUUUCUAAUCUGCUGAGUAGAUUAAGUAAUAAACAGCAAUCAAUCAGAAAUUAAUGAGAAAGCAAAUAGAGUAGAUCAAGGCUAGGCUAGAUCAAAGAGAAUUUGAGUUUGAAAGUAAAUAUGGGCUGAAUCAGGAAUCUGAGAAGCAGUUCAAUAUUGAUAGGAAAGAAAUGUAAAGAGAACUGAUUUCGAUAUAUGAGGAAAUCUUAAAUGAGUAUUAGUCGAAAAUUCUUAAGAAGUAAGGAAGUCAACAGCAGCUAGUGGAUAGAUUAUUUUAAGGGAUGAAAUAAUCCAUGCAAAAAAUAAAUAACUUAUCUGAGCUUGAGAUUCAUUAAAAACAUCUAGAUAUUCAGAGUCUUAACAAAGAGAUUGAAAUUCUCAAUAAGCAUAACCAAGCUUUAUAAGAGAAACUUGAUAUGGAGCAGGAGUAUCUAAAUAAUAUGUUUGAAAAGGGAAAAUAAGAAAAUCUCCAUAAAAUGGUUACUGAAUGGGAAUCAAUGAAAUCUUUACAAGAGCAGCUUAAUGAGACUAACUUCUUAUCAAACACUUUGAUGAGAAAGAAAACUUCCAGAGGAUUUAAUGAGGACAUCCAAAAUUUAGUAAAUUCAGAAGAGGGGUAGCAAUUUUUAAAUGAUUACUCUGGAGUAAUUAUACAACUUAAAGAUCUCUACUCAAUGAUGAGAGGCAAUGUCUUUUAUGACAAGCAAGGUGACUUUAAUCUCGAUAUAAAGACUGAACUUGUUACAGAUAAAAUAGAGAACGAAAUGCAAGAGAAGUUCAAAAAUGUUUAAAGUGCAACUGCAAUGAAAGUCUUAAGAAGAUUCUAUAAAAAAAUAGUGUUUGUAGACUAAUCAACUUAAGUUGAAGAAGAUCCACUAGAAAUAGAGAAACAAAAGCUUGAGAGAUUGAUUAAUCAUCUUAGAAAUGAUAGAGAUAAUGAUCUCAGAAGAAUCAGUUAGCUCUAAAUGAAUAUUGAGUAGAUGUAAAAAUCUCACAAUACAGUCUAAGUAUAAUAUCGCGAAACGAAAUCUAUGCUUUCAUUAAGAGAAGAUUAGCUCUAACAAAAAGAAGGUGAGAUGAAGGAGAUGAAGGCAUCCUAUAAGUAUCUUAAUGACUAAAUGCUCAAAUUUUAGGAUUAAGUCAAGGAACUAAUGAUUAAGUGUGAUGAAUAUGAGCAAAAGGUUGAAAUGUAUAAAGAGAGCCUCUAAUUCCUUGAGAGUAAGCAUAAAAAAAGGAAAUCUAAGCUUGCUAUAAUAAAAGAGGAGAAGGUUAAUCUAAAUCACAAAGUUACAGAACUCUAAAAUCAAACAGAUGAAAUGUAGAAAUCCAUUAAAACUUUAUAAAAAGCAAAUGAUCCAGAGAGGAAACGAAUAACUAUGGUGAAAAAGCCUAUAUUUGAUGCUAAUGGCAAUUAAAUUGGUGAGGGUCUUGUGGAGUAGGUAGUAACAAUGAGAACAGAUGACUCAAUGGGUUAUUUGAAAAGUAUGCAGUAUUCAAACAGAAAUAAGUCUGAAGCGGAAGAAGACAGUGAAAGUGAUCUAGGCUCAGACUUCAGUUUAGAUUCUUAAGAGAAAGCAGAAUUUGAAAAUCUUUUAAAGGAAUAAGGUUUAGAUUAAGAAUUCAUGAAGGUUAAUAGAGAGGAGUUAGAUAAUAAGAUUAAGAGUUGGUUUAGAAAUAGCAAUACAGAUAUGGACCAACUUAAGGAUCAAAUAGCUUUGGAGUUCAGAGAGAAAAUUAGGAUAAGCAGGAAAUUAAAGAGACAUGAUGACAAUUAGAAAUAAAGAGAGAGAAAUAGAUCAUCUAUUGAUGAUCAGAGUCAUAGAGUUAACUCUUCAAAGCAAACAAAACGAACCAGCUAGGAUAAUAUGGAUAGUAAGCAUUUGAGAGUGAGCGAUGCCAAACCCCUGAACAAAAAGGCUCCUCAACUCAACAGCAAGCUCUCACCUAAAGAAUCGAGAAAUAGUCCAUCCAUUAAAGUUGAGAGAAGUGAAAGUAGAAAUAGAAAAGAAAGACCAUCUCCAGUAUAAAACCCAAACAAAAUUGAAAUAGCUGAUAAGAAGCCAUAGACCCCUGCAAAGUUAAAGCAGUCAAGAAAUGAUAAUAAACUGGAUCCAAAGAAAAAUUUGACUUAGCAAAGCAAUCAAUCUAAAUAGAUAAAUAGCAAAGAUAUUAGCAAGACAAUGACUUCUGAUAAUAAAUCAAGAAAGAGUUAGAAUUAAGGAGCAAGUCUCAAAUCCUAAAAGACUAAUAGCAAACUUAAAAGCAGUAAUACUGAGAAAGAAAGUUCAAUAGACAAGAGUUAAAAUAAAGAACCAGUCAGGGAACUUAAGGAGACUAUUGAAGUAUUUGAUGAAGAUUCACCCUAAUUUAAAAAAUAAGAAGCUCUAGAUAAUAAGUAAUCAUAAUAAUAACUAAACAAGUAGUAAACUUUCAACUAGUUAAACCAGCAAUCUUCAAGAUCAAGAAUAAUAUCAAAUGACACAUAGGAUUUAGAAUUAAAUAAAUAACAAAGUAAAGAUACCCUAAAUCAUUAAAAUGAAGAAUAAAGCAACAGAUAGUAGCUAAAUCAACAAUAAAACUACGAAUCUCCUAGAGAACCUAGAGUCAAGAUUUCCCAUAAAUCUAGAGAUGACCUGUCAUAAAUGAGUGAUAAUUAAGCUGCAAUUUCAGAUGCUAAGAGAUCUCAAGGUUAGGAUAAAAGCAGGUAGAGUCUCUUUAAUUAGAGCUUGAAUCAAAUGUAGCUGUAAAACUAAAUAGCUUCAACAAAUCCCACAAAGGAUUCAUUUGAGAAAUCGGCUGAUCACUCUCUCAGAAGAGGAUUCACAUUAAAUUAAAGAGCUUAGUAGAAUGCUUCCUCCUUUAAUGAAGAUUUCUUCAACCUAUAAAGACCCCAAGAAAAGUCUCAUUCAUUUUUCUAAAACAGAACAAAUAUGGCUUUUGUCAAUUUGAAUUCAAAGCAAGUCCAGACAGAUCUCACUGGAGAAGUUAUCAGAAAGCCAAAUGCUCAAGGGUUAAGUGGAGAGACCAUUCAUACAUAGACUGAAGAGUUUAUGUUCCCAAUGGAUGAGGAUCUUAAACGGAAAGUGAUGGACUUGAUUGGUGGUAGAUUAGCAAAAUACGGUGAUACUUAUAACAAAGGCAGCUCAUUUUUCACUAAGGCUGUAUAAAUAAUGGAUGAACUAGAUGAUAAGUUUUUGAUUGAUGUUGGCAUUGAGGGAGGCAUGAACGAUAAAGAUUACUGCAAACUAAGAAUAGCUAAUGGCCUCCAAGAUCCUAGAUACAAAUCUUUUAAACCAGUGCUCAAACAAAUCAAGAACUAAAAUUCAAAGUAAUGA